GAUGGUGAGGACCCCUCCCCAGACAUGCAGCCCGAGGGCUCCCCCCAGGCCGGGCCACCCACACGGCCUAACCGGGGUGCUGGGGGAGAGCCCCGUGGCACUCACCCUCAUCUCCCCUCCUCAGGGAAUAUUCUUAGCAGCUUCUGCCGGCAGUCCCCUUCGUCCAUGUCCAGGUCCAUCCUGGAGGCCCUGACGCUCUCCACUGCCAUGAGGUGUGCCCCCCACGACGGUUGCUCCCUGCUCCUGCGUGUGCAGGCCUCCCUCACGCUGCACGAGAGCCUGCGGGGCCUGGAGGCCUGCUCCAUGAGCCUCGACACCCAGGAGACCCAGUGUCAGAGCGUGCGGGUCUCAAGGGCCUCCCACCGACUACGUGUGGGGCAGCAGCUCCAGGUGCACUUUGAAUGCUUCGAAGUAAGCGUGGCCCAGAGCCUCUACGUCACCCUGAGGACAGUGCCCCACUUCUGUGGGGUCUGGCUGGACCAACAAUACCACGUGGAAGCCGGGAAGUUCUCCUACUGGGUAGACCGCGGCCGCAAGGUCAUUCUGGUACAGGUGCCCGAGGCUCGCGCGGACUCCGACUACUACGUGCGGCUCUGCCUCAAGUGGUUCACCUGUGAGGACAUGGGUGCCCCAGUGCGGGUGACGGUGAACAGGGUCUCCAGCGCCGUCUCUCUGCCCUACAGCCGAGAGCUGCCGUGCCUGUGCCUUGAGGGCUGGUCUGCGACCCCUGACGCAGUGCGGAUGCAGGCCUGUCCCUUCGAAAAUGACACAGAGGCACUGUGGGACGCCAUCCGCUACCACCCCGGAAGCCAGGCACUGAGCUGGGAGCCCGCCUGUCCCGUGAGCGGCCACGUGAGCCUGUGCUGGCGCCCGGAGCCAGGGGCCCUCUGCCACGAGCUGGAGCACUCCGGCCGGUCGGCACGGGGCAGGGUGCAGUACCCGCUGGUGGACACACAGCCCCAGCUCUGCCUGAAGUUCUCCACCGGCCGGGGCUUCUGGGUGAGGUGCCCUUUCGAACGACUAGGCUUCCCAGCCUGGAAGAUGACUGUCCGGCCAGCCGCGUCUCAGGGCCACCUCCGAGUCACCUUCUUCUCGCCCAGCGCUGCCAGCUUCAAGGUGCACCUGUGUCACCAAAGGAAGAUGUGGCCCCCUGCCUGCCACCCAGCGAUCCGGGCCACGCCUCUCCCUCCAGCCUCAGUGAGCCAGGCGGGGUGGGCGCCUUCCUGGGGAAGGUGGUUGACCCCUUGGCUUCCCUGGAGACCGCCCGGUGUGGAGGGGUGCGGGGCUGCUCUGCUGUGUGUGACACCUGUGUCACUGUGCCACAGCGACACACUACGGCCGGUCUUGCCCCCCACCCCCACUUCCCACGACCUGCCCCUCUCCCAACCCAGGGUGGCUUCAUGGCUGACUCCGCGGUUGCCUUCGUGGACAUCCCCAGGGACGAGGCUUGUGCCCCCAGCACCUGCAUCCAGGUGGGUGGGCUGGAGGACCGAUGUGCACUUCUCCACCCCCCAGCAGCUGUGUGAUCUUCAAUGCAGUGAGUGCCGGGCCUGGGCCUCGACCCCGGGGGUGCGGGGGCAGUGGACGCUCACGGGCCGCAGGAGGCCGGGGCUGGACCCCAUCCGCAGCUCAGAGCCGGUCGCUGGCUCUCACUCUCAGGGCGGGGGUAGUGUGCGCUGCUCGGGAGACCGGGCGCCAGUGGGGGACAGAGGGGCCACCUGCCUUGGAGUCAGGCCAGGCUUCUGA